UCCUAUUUUCAGCAGAUCCUCAUUCCCCUAUAUUUUCACUCUCCUAUGUUUUCUCCUCUUCAAGUCUUCUUCUUUUGCUGCUGAAAGUCGACCAAGUAUUUUGUUUUUAUCGACGAAAAUGGCCGGAGAGAGAUUUUGCUCGGAGAACCUUAAAGCUCCUCUGAGCAUGAUCAUGGUGCAAGUGUUUACUACGGCCAUGCUCCUCCUCUCCAAGGUGGUUUUGACUCAAGGGAUUUUCGUGUUCGCUCUCCUCGCCUAUCGCCAUGUCGUUGCAGCCAUUUUUGUUGCUCCCUUCGCUUUUUUCUUUGAGAGGGAAAUGUGGAAGAAGCUUACUUGGAGGGCUAUGAUGUGGAUUUUCAUCAAUGCGUUAUUUGGGAUCUCAUUGGCAAUGGGCAUGUAUUUCUAUGGCCUUAGAGAUACGAUGGCAGGAUACUCAUCAAACUUCUUGAAUCUCAUACCGAUUUUAACCUUUUUCUUUGCCGUUGUUGUCAGAAUAGAGAAGUUAGGGUUGGACAGCAAAGGAGGAAGAGUCAAGGUCAUAGGUACUGUUCUUUGUGUGGGAGGAGCGAUGAUUGUUAGUCUCUACAAAGGUAAAGUAUUGCACAUUUGGCCUUCUCACAUGAUAAUACACCAAGAAUCAGCAGAGGAGUCAGCUCAAGUGCACAACAUGUUACGGGGGACUUUAUUGUUGUUGGGGAGUUGCACUAGCUAUGCUUGUUGGUUCAUUUUCCAGGUGAAAUUGUAUAAAGUAUUCCCAUCGAAGUACUGGGCAACAACGUUAACUUGUGUAGCAGGAUGUUUCCAAACAUUCAUAGUAGGAAUCGUAAUUAACAGAAAUAUGGAUGCUUGGAAAUUAAAAUGGGAUUUGCAACUGUUGACGAUAGUAUGCAUGGGUGUGUUCAGCACUGGUGCCAUGUUUUGCUUAGCCUCAUGGGUCAUCUCGAAAAAGGGUCCCAUUUAUCCUCCGAUGUUUAAUUCUCUAUCGGUAGUUUUUACCACCAUCUUGGAAUCAGUCUUUAUGGGACAAGAUAUCACAGUUGGAAACUUAAUUGGUAUGUUCAUGAUAAUUGGAGGGCUCCAUGCUUUUCUGUGGGGUAAAGAAAAGGAGCUACGUACACAAGACGUGAAGGUAGAAGAUAUAUCUGAGCCAAAACAUUCUCAAAUUUUCUCUAAAGAGAUCAUUGUAAACAAAGAUGGGGAUGAAAUUACUAGUAAUGCAACUGAAAUUUCUUAAAUUAUUUAAUUGGCCGGUCUUUUUUUCUCA